GAAAAACCAAAUUCAUCGUGCUAAUCCUAAUCGCACUAUUUCAUAUGAUGAUAUCCAUACUGCGGAAGAAUGUUGCAAUAAAUGCCUUAGUGAAAACGAUUGUAUUCAAUGGGCUUAUGGAACUACAGAUAAACUUGGUCUUAAUGCUCAUACUAGUAUUACUAAAUCUACAUGUUUAACUUACUACCAGAAUCCAUCUGUACCUGAAAAUGCACUUGAAAUUUGCAAAAUACCAUUAGGGUCAGACGGUGAUCAAAUUUAUGACUGUGGUGUUAUUCGUUGUCCUGGUGAAGGAUGUUUUGUUUAUUAA